UUGACAAUUAGCUUUCCUGUUUCUGCCACUGUUCAAAGCUAUUCUGUAUUGGAAUAUUAUAAUGAGUUGGUUUGAAUGCUCUCCUACUGGUCCAAUUUUACCAUUGUUACUAUUAACAGUCUUUUAGGUCAAUAGACAAAUACUAAAAUUACUGACAUACGAAGUCACACAAUACUUAACUUCUUAGAAAGAAGAGUAACUAAUACGUCCGAAGUCCAAAAGAUAUGCUCAAGUGCACUGUUGUCUUCACCAUCAAAAGGUUCAAUUCCUAACAAAGGGCCUAAGAAUUGAUGGCAGGAUCCUUUUCUUAUCCAUUAUCCCUUGUUAUGAGGGGGUUCCACCAAAAAGCAAAAUCAGCAAUCUAAGGCAGGAAUUAGUCCACUAGGUUCUUAUACUAGUUAAUUUUUCAUUUUGUGUCAGCAGUCACUUUUAUUUUCUUAUUAUGAGAAGAAAGAGAAACGAAGUGAUUAGUUGAUUGUUAUGGUAAUGGUGGUCAGUCUUAAAAAAAUUAUGAAAUGUGUCAAGAAGCAACGAAUUCAUCUUUUUCUCCUGCUUUUCACCAUCAAAUAGGUGCAACUCUAUUAAACAGCACAAGUUACCUAGUUGAACAUUCAAAGAAACUUUUCUUUCAUUGGGUGAUCAGUAUAGCACUUUAACACAUAAAAUAGUUCUUAUAUUCAUCCUAAUCUUAUGCAUUAGUAGGUCACAUAAUGCCCCUAUGGCCACAGACCAAUUGUUUCUUUUUGAAGCUCACCUCAGUACUCAGUUUCCCAUAAAUGGAUUAAAUGGUCUUGGAGCUUAAACCUUCCAAGUAUUGCUGUGUUUUGCUGCUAAUUUUGUUUACUGGAAUUGAUUGAAAUUUCGUUGACAAUUUGGUUUGUUUACUGGAUAGUUUGGAGAGCUCUAAGUUGGAAAAUAUAUGUGACUAAAAUUUGAAAAUUAGAAGGCUUGCAGAAAUUAGGGAAGAAGCAGAAGAGGGAGGAGACAGGAGAGGGGAGAACCUGGGCUUCACACCUAACAGAAAAAGAAAGUCUCCUGAAAACUUUCUUCUGGAGAUUCCCAUCUUCCUAAAGCUAUUACCACAGAUAUUUAUAGAGGAAAGACAUCUUAGGAAUUUAGCAAAUGACAAUUACCUAACAAUGGUUAUCUAUUCCGCUUUUUGUCAAUUUCUCCAGCAUUAAAUUCGUUGCUUGUAUUUGUUUUUAUUUGAAUAAAUAAUGCUGACCUCCCCUCUAGUUUCUACAGAAGACAUAAGACAGCCUCUCCAGAUUGUGAAAUAACAAGGACUUUCCCUGCAUAUGUUUUGCAUCCAACAUUAUUGAUGUAAAAUAUAUUAAGACAAGUUUACCUUCACCAUGUUCACAUCUUCUUCCCAUGUUGCCAGAAACCCAAUAAAGAAAAAUAGGUGCUGAUCGUCAAAUUAGAUACAAUAAAUUUUUAUUUGUUUUUUCAAUUCCAUAAAGGUGGCAAAUUAUGUUAUAGUGUCAAAAGAAGAACAAAUGCAGUUAUACUUCCAUCAAAUAAGGAAACACCACAGAUUUCUCUAUUCUAUGUGAAUAGCACUUCGGAAAAACCCCUGUAGCUGGUUGUAGAACAAGCUGGACAAACUGAAAAUAAAUGAAAAUAUCAAAAAUUGAAAUGUGAGUUAUGCUGAUUAUUGAAGUUUGUAUAUAGUUCACAACAAUAGCUUGACGUUCGAAUGUUGCAUCAACCUUAAGAUUCCUUCAGAUUAAUUACAUCUAAAGCAAAUUGAAUUGAGAUGUUUGAAUUUGGUUUUUAUUGGGUGGAGUAGUGGCAGACGGUUAGAGUUGAGAAUGGGAUUGGCAUGUGUGUUAUGGAGGCUGGGGUUGUGCUAUUAUAUCACUUGUCUAAAAAUAAAAUUUUGCAAUAAACAUUAAAAUUGUAAAUUUAAAGGCAUUUUUUUUGGAAAAUUUUUUGUAUAUGUGACUACAGUUGUUAUAUGCCGUUCAUUUGUUAACCAUAUUGGACGUUUUUUAUUUAUGUGACAAAUAAGAGUGGAGGUCCCUGUUAUUUUCUCAAUCUAGAGGAGAGGCCUCUGCCUUUUCUAAAACAAGAGGGGAGGUUAGUGUAAUUUACUGUUUCUAUCAUUGCGGAGUUGUGUUUUCCUUUCAAUGUUCAACAUCUUGUUCUCAUGGGUGACUGGCUUUUGACUAUAUAAGCUUAACAGCUUGUUUUGUUAAAUUUCAAUACGUGAGUAUAUUGGACUCACUGACUUUGAGAUUCAUGAACUGUAAAAAACCUUUUUGAAACAGAAAACAGUUUAUUGUGUGAAUUUUUUAGGAUUACAAGAUUGCUGAAAGGAUAGAGAGAGAAGGGAAGGGUUGCCUGAUUGUUGUGAACAAGUGGGACACAAUUCCGAACAAAAAUCAGCAAACUGCAACUUAUUAUGAGCAAGAUGUAAGAGAUAAGCUCCGUCUUCUCAGCUGGGCACCUAUCGUGUACUGUACUGCAAUAGCUGGGCAUAGCGUUGACAAAAUCAUUGAUGCUGCUGGUAUGGUUGAGAAAGAGCGAAAGAGAAGGUUAACUACAGCAACACUAAAUCAAUUGGUGCAGGAAGCAGUUGUUUUCAAACCACCUCCAAGGACUAGAGGUGGCAAGAGAGGACGUGUUUAUUAUUGCACACAGGCAGCAGUUAGACCACCUACAUUUGUCUUCUUUGUAAAUGAUGCAAAGCUAUUUCCGGAGACAUAUCGCCGUUACAUGGAAAAGCAGCUGAGAUCAAGUGCAGGAUUUUCAGGCACUCCAGUUCGGCUUUUAUGGAGAAGCAGAAGAAAAAUGGAAAAAGAUGAUAGGAGGUCUGCUGCAACAAAUUUUGCCCAAGAGAAUUACAUUUCUGUUGAUAGAAGGUUGGCUGUAGCUUAGCUGAACUUGCAUUAGCUGUAAUUUGGAAAGAACAGAAUUAUAUCUUAGUUUUGACUGGAUUCACACUUAGCAUAGGAGAUCCAGUAAAAAAGAGUCCUACUUUAGAAGUUUCAACACGUAAAAAGAGUCUGUUGUACUGAAUUGUGUUGUUUAAUUUAGUUGUCACUAGUCUACAAUCUUGAACUCUCUGGUGAAGAGAUGUAGAGGACCUGAUUUUGAUUACAAGCUGGACGAGGAGUUGAGGACAUUCUGCUAUGUGUCGACUUUUGCAGGGAUACAUGUUCAAAUGUAUUUAUGAAGCCCUACCAUGUGAAGAUGAUUCAAGAUCUCUAUGUUUUUUUCAGCAAAUUAUACUAUUCUUUUGUUUAUUUCUCAAGUGGUUCUCAUUUAAUUCGGAUGGCAUAUGGGUUUUUCAUAUAAAAUGUAGAUUUGUGUCUUGCUUGUUGAA